GAACCUAUUCAGCACAGGUUUUUCUUCGGAUAACAGCAUUAAUGUGAUCGAACGCUUGACUUUCUCCGCAUUAACAGAAAUCCAAAGCUCACUUCAAAACAUUUCAUGUGCAGACAUUCUUCCAGAUUAGGUGUUCACUCAAGCGGUUUGCAUUCUAGGCAUUCUAAAAGACAGUUGCUAAGGAGAACCGGAAUGGAAUGGCGGUUGUCCCUGAAAGUGGGCAACGCUAAACUGUUUACAGUGUGCUUACAAGUCGUGGGAGUGGGAAUCAGUCACACUUUAAUACUGGGUAAACUGCAACUGAUUAUGCAUAAGCUGCUCAUGGCGCAAGGUUGCUCAAUGUUAGCAUGUUAGCUCACCUUGCCUGUACUGUAAUGAACACAGAACCUAAUCCUCGGAGGCUUUUUACGGGAGUAGCGUACACGGAACGGUGCAAUACUUGUGGCAUCUCCACAUCAAGACACGCUGCUGAAGUAAUCAGACACCUGUGGACGUUGCUACACGUCCCCUCCCAAGGAUGGGCGGGACUUUGAAGGGAGGCGUCCACAGACUGGGUAAACCAGUGAGACACAUUUUUUUUUCCCCAACUUUUUUUUCUCACACAACAGACGACUGACUGAGGAAAUUCUCAGUCAUGGCUUCCGGACUUUACUAAGGAUACUAAGGAUCAACAUCAUCAACAUGGAAAAUACACCUCACGUUGUGGGAAUAGGAGGAAACGCUUUGUGAAAAGUCAGGUGAACUCUGCUCUAUGAAGAUUACAGCAGGAUAAAUUCCAGCCAUUGAACAGAUUGACUUAUCUGGUAGUGACAUGGGGAACGUUCUCAUAGAGUGAAACCUCAACUUUUACUACUAAUACUAGUCUUUAUGCGACCGGUACAACGUCUAUAUUCACCACACAGUCACAUUAUUUUUGGUGGUCCUGGAGAAGGUAAGAAAGAGAUUUGCCCGUACAAAGAACUUUUGUUUUCAGUCAGUCUUUGAGGCGGAAAGAAAAGGAGCAGAUUAGGUACUCACAGGACACUUCGCCAAAGCUGCCAUAUAUUUUUCUUUUUUAAUGCCAGCGUGACAUUUGAAAGAGAAUGGACAGUUCAAGUAAUUUUUCUGAUGCUCAAGGGACAAAACCCACGACUUCUUUAUUAAAUGUCUUCAGUAAUCUACUAACUAGGGAGAAGUCACCUUCAGAUGCGCCGCCCGCUGUGUUAACAUCUUUUAAAGAACUCUCAGAUGGGAAGAGUCUUCUUGGUGAAGGAUGUCAAGUUCUUAAAGUGGGCAAGGAUGGAACUCACAGGGGUUCACCUAAAGGAGUGUCUACAAGCUCACCGGAUCAAGAUCUCGUCCUGGUUACGAGAGUGGAAACCUACAGUGACUCUGACAACGAGGAGGAAAGGGCAGGACUGUCAAAGACGUUGUCCAAGCUAACUCAGCAUGGCAAUGAUUCAACGGACCGUAUUGAUGGACAUGAAUCUAUGGACCACAGUAAUGGAGAUGAACGAGGUGAUGGCCCUGAGGUGGAAUUCCAUGUGCCAGAGUUUCGGACACAUGGAUUUAAAAGAUCGCCUUUUGAAUCUUAUUUAUUGACGGACAGGUCGAACCAAAGAACCGACUUUAGGACGGUUCCCAGAGAGAACACAGAAGAAAUUGGAAGUAAACACAUGGAGAGAAGAGAAAGCGACGACUACGAAGGCAUAGAUUGUUCUUUGCCUGUUCCCUCCAUAAUUAUUGGGAAUAAUGCAGAUACAUCUUCGACAUUACAGCAGGCGACAGAAGACCCGAAUCGCUCACAUAUAUCUGGAACCCAUGAGCAAAAUAUGGAGGAUUCACACCCUUCCUCUGCGAAUCCAGACGUGGAUAAAAUAUCAUCAUCUAAUCUUCAUCCAAGUGCUAAACUUACAUCCCAACACUCACCAGAAGACAAACCGUCACCGGUAUCCCAGUCCAGAGACACAUCUUCAUUUCAGAUGCCAGCCCUCUUCAGUGGUCUACGGGUUCUGAAGAAAGGAGCGCUGGGGGACGAGAGGGAAACGGUGUCAGAGAUCAAGCAGCGGGAGAAAGAUGCUGAUCUGGCGUUGCUAAGUUUGAAGAAAACGGUGAACAAAGCCAAGCUUCAACCAGAGCAGAAGACGCUUGGUACUGUUAAAAAACACCCAGACACAAAACCUCUCUCGGAAAGUCGGCGAAACAGUCGGCUCCUUAACCUGGACAUGCCCGGUGAUGGGCGGGAAGCAAACCCAGACAAAAAGGAGUCUGAAACUGCAGCGAUUGAAGGAGAUCAACCCCCGCAUCCAGAAGUCAAAAAAACUUCAGAUAUGGCUUAUGAAACGUUCAAAAACAUUUUCGGACCAAAAUCUCUCAGGAAGGACAAAUCAGAUCCUGUGGAUGUAGAAGCACUCAGAAAGAAGAUUAAAAACGACAAAGAAAGUCUACGAUCUAUUUUUGAAAGAGCUUCCAAAACCGCCAGCAAGGAACCAAAAGUUCCCACCGGAGCUAACACAGAGACCACUUCCCCUGCAGACAGCGAGGACCGCACUCCAGGACGUCUGCAGGCCGUCUGGCCGCCCCCUAAGUCCAAAGAUGAGGAAGAAAAGGUGGGACUCAAGUACACGGAAGCAGAGCACCAGGCUGCCCUUCUGCAACUCAAGAGAGAGUGCAAGGAAGAUUUGGAGCAAAUGCAUUCAGAUUUUGAACUUCAGAUCUUCCAACUUCGAGGCGAGCAUGCGGUGUCAAUAUCGCACCUUGAAGGAGUCAUUGCCAAGAUGCAAAAAGACAAGACCUACAAUGCGAGUGUGGAGCACAGGGAGGUCCGAGAUGUGGGUGUGUCCACUGCAGAUGACCCCACAUACAGAACCUGCCGCACUGUGGGUAUCCAGACGGACAGGGAGACCUUCAUCAAGAGCCCCGAGGGUGAGGCCGGCAAUCAAACACCCAGCCAGAACAUACCAAAAAGACUUAACAUGGACUCUAUCGGACUCAAUCUGGGGGUUAAGACAGCCCCGGGCCCUGCUGGGCCACACCAACCUCCCCCUCCCUUGCCAGGCCCCUGUGGACCACCACCGCCGCCACCCCCACCUCCUCCUCCUCCUCUACCGGGCAUUAUGGGAGCACCGCCACCACCACCUUUUUUUGCCGGAGGGGGGCCUCCGCCACCGCCACCGCCUCCCCCUCCUGGUCUACCUGGAGCUGGCCCACCUCCUCCACCCCCUCCACCAGGCUGCGGCCCCCCGCCUCCUCCACCCAUGGGGGGGUUCGAUCUCAGUCAUAUGUUGGACAAGGCCCCUCGGAAGCCUAGUAUUGAACCAGGCUGUCCCAUGAAGCCUUUGUACUGGACCAGGAUACAAAUAUAUGACGAUAACAACAACACAUUGUGGGGCUGCCUGGAGGAGCCGGAUGUCAUUGACACUCAAGAGUUUGAAGAUCUUUUCUCCAAGGCCACGCUGCAGCCAAUGAAAAAACCUUUGUCAGACACUUAUGAGAAGAAAGUCAAAACAAAGAAGAUAAUCAAGCUGCUGGAUGGAAAACGUUCGCAAGCUGUCGGCAUUCUCAUAUCAAGCCUGCAUCUGGAAAUGAAAGAUAUUCAGCAAGCUGUUCUUACCGUGGAUAACUCUGUGGUGGAUUUGGAAACCAUUGAGGCUCUAUAUGAAAAUAGGGCUUCCGCUGAUGAGCUGAGCAAGAUAAAGACGCAUUAUGAGACUUCCAAAGAAGAUGAGGUCAAACUGCUGGACAAACCUGAACAGUUUCUUUAUGAGCUCUCCCAGAUUCCCGACUUUGCAGGCCGAGCCCACUGCAUCAUAUUCCAGUCAGUGUUCCUCGACUCAAUGUCCUCCAUCCAUCGCAAGGUGGAGAUUAUAUCAAACGUCUGCAAAGAGCUGCUGGAGUGCAACAGUUUGCGGGAUGUAAUGGGGCUUGUUCUGGCCUUGGGGAAUUAUAUGAAUGGAGGGAACAGGACAAGAGGUCAGGCUGAUGGCUUUGCACUGGAGAUCCUCCCCAAACUAAAGGACGUCAAGAGUAGGGACAAUCAUAUCAGUCUUUUGGAUUACGUGGUUUUGAGCUACCUGCGGAAUUUUGAUAGUCAGGAUGCAGGUACAGAUAAGAGUGUGUUCCCUUUGCCCGAAUCCCAAGAAUUCUUCCAGGCUGCACAGGUCAAGUUUGAAGAUCUAACAAAGGACAUCAGAACACUAAAGAGAGAUUUGACAGCUUGCCAGAGAAAUGUACAGAAAGUGUGCGCUGACUCCUCAGAGGAACACCUUCAGCCGUUCAAAGACAAGAUGGAGGGAUUUGUCGUUACUGCUCAAAGUGAGCAUUCUGCUGAAGAGGACCGUCUCAACGCCGCACAGAAAAGUUUCCAGGAAAUGGUGAACUACUUUGGAGUGAGGCCAAAGUCAGGCGAUAAAGAAGUGGCCCCAAAUUACGUCUUUAUGCUCUGGUAUGAGUUCUGCAAUGACUUCAAGAACGCUUGGAUACGACAAAGCAAGAACAUCUCCAAGGAGAGGUUGAAGGAAGCUCAAGAGAACAUCAAGAAGAUCACAGCUGAGAAGCGAGUAGAAACUAAGAAGAUUAACGCCAACAGUCUGAAAGAGAGGCUACGGCAAAAGGAAGCCGGCUUGGUGUCCAGCUGAGUGAACGGGCAUUCUUCUGCACCCUUAAUGGUUCUGCCCCCCCCCAAAAAAAAACCUGCACCCCUACAUAUUUUGUGGUUCCGCUUGUGCCAUAGUACAAAAGAAAGCUGCAAGUGUGCAUGGCUGCCACAAGCCAAAGUGAUGAGGAUCCUAAAGGCCAAAGGUGGACCUCAUUCAUCCAGCAUGGCGUGACCUCUGGUGUCCAGCUUGUGAAAGGUCUCACCGGGUCAGCUCGUGGUUCUCCAACUGUGUCAGCAGACACGUCCAUGAAGUUCUUCCCUGAGAAAGUAUCCUCUCAUCUGUGCUGACAAUCUGAUAAAAUUUGAACCCAUCCACUUCAUGUCCUUUUAAUGUAGCCAGCUUCUUUUUAUCUGCUAAUGUUCUAAACGCUUGUAAAUGUGAUGUACAGUAGAACAUGGGCUUGAAGCAAUAUAAGAAACAAGUCCUUCACGUUGUUGACACGUAUGAUUUGUUCCUACAUUGUGCACUAUACCAUACUCUGUUUUGAUGAUGACCAUAACUAAAAAAACAGUUUGGUAGAUUAUUUCUCAGUUUUAUUUCUAUUUUCAAUCAUGUCCCAUGUUUGGGGCGACAUACAGUGGUGUGAGUCUUUGCCCUAAUUUUUUUUGGUUGUCUCGCUUAAAUGUUUUAGAUCAGGGGUGGGCAAACUACGGCACGGGGGCCACAUCCGGCCCGCCACGUGUUUGAAUACGGCCCGCCAGUUCUUUCCAAAGUAAAUUUUCCAAACAUUUUCAUGGUUUAAGUAGCUGGAAUUUUGUUAUUUGAUGUGGUCUGUUGUUUACAAAGUGCUCCUGAAAAAAGGGACACAAACACAUACUACUACUACUACUACUAAUAAUAAUAAUAAUAAUAAUAAUAAUAAUAAUAAUAAUAAUAAUAAUAAUAAUAAUAAAUUACUAAUUAAUUAAUAAUAACAAACAAUAUCAAAUAAUAAUAAAUUAUUAAUUAUUUGAUAAUAACAAACAAUAUAAAAUAAUAUUACAUUAUUAAUUAAUUAAUUUAUAAUAAAUAAUAACAAACAAUAUAAAAUAGUAAUAAAUUAUUAAUUAAUUAAUUUAUAAUAAAUAAUAACAAGCACUAUAAAAUAAUAAUAAAUUAUUAUUAUUAUAAAUUUAUAACACACUUUACAUCAAAUAAAUGAUCUCAAAGCGCACAUAUAGCAGAUUGCAUGACACUUUUACAGAUACAAUAAUUCCAGAGUCUAGCCCCCCCGUCAAUUUUGUUCAAUCAAUGCGGCCCACCAGUCAAAAAGUUUGCCCACCCCCUGUUUUAGAUCAUCGACUUUAAAAAAUAGGCAAUUACAACAACUUGAACACACAAAGCAGUUUUUAAAUGAUUUGUUUUUUUUGCAUUAGUAAGCCUUUUUAGGUCAUGCCACAGCAUCUCAAUAGGACAGGAGUUGGACUAGGCAACUCCGAAAUCUUCAUUUGUUUUUUUUUUUACCUCAUUCAAAGGUGGACUGACUGGUGUGUUUUGGAUCAUUGUCCUGCUGCACAACUCAAGUUGAAGGUCAUGAACGUUCUCCUUCAGAAUUGUCAUGGUUUCAUUUAUCACAGCAAGUCUUCCAGGUCCUGACACAGCAAAACAGCCCCAGACCAUCACACUACCACCACCAUAUUUGACUGUUGGUAUGAUUUUCUGUAUCUGAAAUGCAGCGUUACUUUUACGUCAGAUUUAAUGGGACACACAGCUUCCAAAAAGUUCAGCUUCUGCCUCAUCAGACCAGAGUAUUUUCCACAAAAGUCUUGGGUAACGUCAAUAUGUUUUCGGGCAAAAUUGAGAUGAGCCUUAAUGUUGUUUUUGUUCAGCGGUGGUUUUCGAAACUCUGCCACGCAGGUCAUUUUUGCCCAGUGUAUUUUUUAUGGUGGAGUCAUGAACAUUGUUUCAUCGAUGAUGGAUGGCUCUCACUGUGGUUUGCUGAAGUCCCAAAUAUUUGGAAAUGAUUUGUUAAUCUUUUCCAGACCGAUGGAUAGGUCUCAGUCAGGUUUCUUGGAGGGGGGGGGGCACUUUUUUUUUAGGUUUGGAAUUUUUUACAACUAAUAUUUAAUUUUUGUUUGAUGAUCUGAAAAACAUUUAAGUGUGAUAAAAAGAAGAAGGGGAUCAAACAUUUUCACACCACUGUAUUAAGUCAAAACAGAGAAAUAUUUACAAAUGUGAUGACACACCUUCCUUUAAAGCAAUUUUCUGCUUACAAUGGUUGUGUUGUGUAGCUCACUCAAAGCCCGUUAAUGAAGUAUUUUUUCAGCAAUAUUUCCUCGUUUUUGCACUUCUUUUGCUAGGCAAGGUUGUACAGUUUAUGAAUAGCAUAGACUCAGAACAGAAUAUUUUUGUUGUACUCCUCAUUCAACAGAAAAAGUAUAUUUAUGUAUGGAAAGAUGUAUUUUAUGUACAGUGUUCCCUCAUUUAUCACGGGGAUAGGUUACAUUAUUGUAACUAUUUGUGUGUAAUUAUGUUUUAAGACUGUACAUCCCCUCAUCAUACACUUUUCUCAGACAGACAUGACACAUUUUCACAUUUCUCUCUUGUUUAUAUACACUCAAAAAAGUUUUAGUGAUUACCCUACAGGUUGAAGACAAGAAAUUAAAAGACUCACGUAUCAUUUCACUCCUGUAACCAUGCCUUUUCGUCCUGGCACCGUUCCGCUAUACUGGAGCGUUUUUGUAUCCAUGUUAAAUCAUAUUACUGCAGUCCUCCUUCCCGCUGAAGAUGUAUUUACAGUAAAAGGUAUUCCAUUAAUGGCGCCGUAUUGCCGCGUAUCUUCUACAUUCUUUAACAUGUCCAAAAGUCCAACUUUUGUGCUAUUAUUAGUAUCCUCCGCUGCAUUUUGGGCGCAUUUUUGUUGACUUUGUGGGUUUUUUCUCGGAGAAAAUUGCAAAUAUACAAGCUAGCAAGCUAGCAAGCUAGCAAAGUAAGUCGAGUCGGCAAAACAGUACGAAGGAGAUUGAUUGACAAUGUUCUACACCAAUCAGGGCGCAGAAAAUAGAUUGAACAGAGAGAGACACUCAACUUCCCAUAAUGCAAUUCUUCUUAAAGGGCCAGGCUCGGGCCUUGUAACAGCAUUAAUGCUGUGAUAAAAAAAAACAACGUGAUAGAGCGAGGGAACACUGUACAGCCUUAUGAAGAUGUAUUUUAAGACUUUUUAUUUUAUUGAGCGAGAAGCUGCUAAGAGAUGUAUAUUUUAAGCUUGCAUGUGGCCUUCAUUCUGUAGUACAGGGUUGUAAAUAUUUAAUCAUAACACCCCAAAGCCACGAUAUAGUCAUAAUACCUCAGACAGAUGUCAACAAUCAGAGUAUAGCCAGUAUAAAAGAUGCAUGUCCAAUUUUUUUUUUACCCUCCAAAGUCUGUAUCACAGCACUGUAUAAUGAUAUGGAAUUGUUUUAAAUUUCAAGAAUAAACUCAAACACGGUACUGUAUUUAUCUAUCUAUGAUUUCAUGUGUAAGAAUGAAGUCAUGUAACUAAUCACUGGGAUUCUUUUAAAGACAUUUCCAGGAAGGCUCCUAAAAUAAGUGAUUAGCAUUAUAAACAUGUGGAACUUGUUAGGCUAUUGGAAGUUCCUUUUUAGAACAAGUCAGAUUUUAGGAAUGUGAAGCGAUACAGGUGGAAAAGGUUAGUUUAUUUGCUGUGCCACUAUACACACAUGUACUAGUACUACUACUUAGUUUUACUACUUUGCAUGAACUAAGUCAUUACAUCAUACAUUCUUUUUUUUUAAACUAUCUAAUAUUUUAUAUAGACAUGUAUAUAUAUGCAUUUAAAAAUCAAGUUGUAUUGAAAAAUCUUUUCACCGACAAAUAUAUCAAUAUUUUUAUUAUUAUAGUUCCAGUUGUGAUUUGUUUAAUUAAUUGUCUGUCCCAGAAUGGCUGCCAAUAUCCUGAAAACUGAUAAAAAUGUUUUCCCAAUGUCCUCUCUGGUGGACUUUUUCAUG